AAUGGGGCCAAGCCUAACCCAAGCCACCGGAAGGGUCUCACCGUGCACGCGGCCGCAGCCGCCAUGGACACCUUCUUCCUCUCGCACGGCUCGCCGGCGAUCUGCAUCGACGAGGCGAUCCCUGCGCACGGCUUCUUCAGGUCGUGGCUUCCAGCGGCGGUGGCGGGCACGCAGGCGCCGCGCGCCGUCCUGGUGGUGUCCGCGCACUGGGAGACCGACACUCCGGCCGUCAACGUCGUCCGCGGCACCAACGACACCGUCCACGACCUGCCGGGCCUCCCCGACGAGAUGUACAAGCUGAGGUACCCUGCGCCGGGCGCGCCGGAGCUGGCCAGGAGGACCAAGGAGCUCCUGGAGGGCGCCGGGUUCGGGCCGGUGAGCGAGGAACACGGCCGCGGGCUCGACCACGGCGCCUGGGUGCCGCUGAUGCUCAUGUACCCGGAGGCCGACGUCCCGGCGUGCCAGCUCUCCCUGCAGACCGGCCGCGACGGCGCCUACCACUACGACCUCGGCGCGGCGCUGGCGCCCCUCAGGGACGAGGGCGUGCUCGUCCUCGGCUCCGGCACCGCCACGCACAACCUCAGAGAGCUGGGGCCUCUCGACGCGCCGGUGCCGCAGUGGGCCUCCGACUUCGACGCCUGGCUCAGGGACGCGCUCUUGGACGGGAGGUACGACGACGUGAAGCGAUACAAGGAGAAGGCGCCCUACGGUGAGCUUGCGCACCCUUCGCCGGAGCACAUCUACCCGCUGCACGUCGCGCUGGGCGCCGCCGGGGAUGAGGCCAGAGCGGAGCUGAUCCACCGCAGCUGGACCAACGCCACCUUCUCCUACUCCUCGUACCGUUUCACCAAGAAGAUUUGACGGCCUUAAAUUGUUUGAGUUGGAGUAAUAGAUUGGUUGUUGCAUGAGGAGCUGAACUUCUAUUUCAGAAAGUCCAAUAUCUAGGACAUCGACUUGUGGUCACACAGAUUGGCUAAAGCAGUGUGACAAGGAUGGCGUCUUCUGUUAUUCAUCUCCUCACGCAUUCACGUGCCUUUUUUUUCAUGAUAAUAUGUGUCUCGUUCA